UCCUACUUCCUUCCUCAACGCCCAAACACUUCUCUCCACUCACCUGCUGAAACAGUGAAUGCUCUCUCUCUUUCAAGCAAGAAAGACACACACACACACACACACUCUCUCAUCUGAGAUCCCUGGUGGUUCUCAUUUUCCCUCUCAUCUUCGUGAGCACCUGACGUUGAGGGAGUUUGUUCCCUCUCACUUCCAGAGGUCAAUAUUCCGGCUUACGGCGAUAGCUCCGUGCUGGCGGCCCAGCCGCUUUCCCGCUUCAGCCUGGGACGGAAGACCCUGCUGGGGGCCGGCACAGCCGUCAUGCUGCUCUUGGUGCUGGUGGUCCUCAUUCCUGUUCUGGUUCAUCUGGCGGGCAGCAGCGAAAAUGGAGGUCAGUACGAGAUGCUGGGCACUUGCCAAAUGGUCUGCGAUCCGUUCUUGGAAAAAACUGGCACUACAGCUGAUAUCGGUACGGGCACGGCUAUCACUAAUACGCAGUUGGAAGCUGAGGCGCUGACUGAUCAUAGCAUGGGACCCCCAUUGCCCACCUACGCACACGGACCGCAGGGCAAACCCGUCCGCCAAGGAAAACCAGGGCUACCAGGACCUCCGGGUCCUCUAGGACCCCCGGGACCACCUGGAGAGCCAGGUCCUCCAGGACCAAUGGGGCCACCGGGAAAUAAAAACCACACAGAGCGACCAGACAUCUUUGCUCUGGGUGGAAGUACAGCUACCGGAAUAGGGACAGCCGUCUAUACCAUGGGACCCCGCGUGGCCUUUUACGCAGGUCUGCGAAACCCACAGGAGGGCUACGAGGUUCUGAGGUUUGAUGACAUAGUUACAAACAUUGGGAAUAACUACGAUGGAUCAACUGGGAAAUUUGUCUGCAAGGUUCCAGGGACGUACUUCUUCACGUAUAACGUCCUCAUGAGAGGAGGAGAUGGAACCAGUAUGUGGGCAGAUCUCCUGAAAAACGGACAGGUGAGAGCCAGUGCCAUCGCUCAGGAUCAGGAUCAGAGUUAUGACUACGCCUCAAACACUGUCAUCCUGCACCUCGACCCCGGAGAUGAGAUCUUCAUCAAGCUGGACGGUGGGAAAGCGCACGGCGGGAACAGCAACAAGUACAGCACUUUCGCUGGCUUCAUUCUGUACAGUGACUAGAGGUCAAAAGGUCAUCGAAUUCAGUCUCAGUCUGUAGGUAAGAGAUGUUAGGGGGUCUUAACUGAUUUAGGUUAUAAAUCUGAUGUUUAUUAACACCCCUGACAUGUUUAGGUCAGGAACGAUUUCUUUUUUUUUCUUUGUCAUUUUUGUUUUACCUCUACGGUUUUCUUUGCUACAGGCUAUUUUCACCUGAAAUUCAACAGCUAUACACUCAUAAAACACAAGAUAAUUUGUUUAAAGAGUCAGAUGAUUCAUUAUGCAGCCUGAAGGGAAUGGUUUGUAUGUUUUGUUGUAGUAGACGUGGUUUUAAAGCCUGGAUCCAAAAACCUUCAACAGACACACAUGAAAUCAACAAGAAUGAGAGAGCCGGGCUUCAGGGUUUCAUCAAAGUCGUAAUUGAUCAAAAGCCCAGUCAAGUGAGUGCUGAUAUUUCAUUAUGAUGUUGUCUUUGUAUAUAUGAUCAAUCUGUGACUCUGCACUGCUGUUUAUCAAUGUCUCCGACUUUAUGUGAAGUGAAUGACCCUUAAUGAUACCCAUAAAAUCUUAAUGAGUGUAUGCACCUGGUUUUGACUGCUGUAAAUUACACCUUGUCCCUGAGAGUCUGUUGUAAAUCAUAGUAGUGCAUCUGUUUGUGAUUGCUGUGUGAAUCAUGUCACAUUCACACAGCAAUCACAAAUAAAGCUAAGCAUUCGUUUCAGCUUAUAGCUAAAGCUAAACCCGUUCACUGUUGUUUCUACCAAUGAAUUAUGAAGUAUGUGGCUAAUAUUACCAUUACAAAUAAAUCUUAUCCUACUAAAAGUUACUACUUAACAAUGGAUGGAGAUCCAUAAUACAUUGUAACUGUAACAGUGAUGCUGGUUUAUGAUGAUGACGACCACUAUCUAAAAUGAUGUCCUGUAUAUAUCGCGAUAGCCAUGACCUGUAAAAUGUGUCUAAAUAUCUAAAUGUAACAGCUUAUAGAUUUUUGCUUUUGCUAAUAA